GAGACGACAGCAUGGGCGGCCCGCGGGCCUGGACGCUGCUCUGCCUCGGGCUCCUGCUCCCAGGAGGCGGCGCCGCGUGGAGCGUCCCGGGCGCUCGGUUCUCGGGUCGCAGGAACUGGUGCUCCUACGUGGUGACUCGCACCGUCUCAUGCCACGUGCAGAACGGCACCUACCUCCAGCGAGUGCUGCAGAGCUGCCCGUGGCCCGUGGGCUGCCCGGGGAGCAGCUACAGGACUGUGGUGAGGCCCACGUACAAAGUGAUAUACAAGACAGUGACUGCCCGCGAAUGGAGGUGCUGCCCUGGACAUUCAGGGGCGGCCUGUGAGGAAGGCUCCCCUGGCUUCCUGGAGCCUACAUGGUCAGGCAGCACCAUGCGAAGGAUGGCACUGAGGCCCACGGCCUUCUCAGGUUGUCUCAACUGCAGCAAAGUGUCUGAGCUGACGGAGAGACUGAAAGUGCUGGAAGCCAAGGUGGCUGUGCUGAGUGUGACAGAGCGGACAGCAUCCUCAAUCCCAACUCCCUCUGAGGACUCUGCCCUGCUCUGGGGACACCCAGCUGCUCAGGGCAGCCCUGGAGAUGGAGGCCCGCAGGACCGAGUUGAUCCUUGGCAGCUGCCUGGGCCCACUGGACCCAAGGGAGACACUGGCAGCCAGGGCCCAGUAAGAAUAAGAGGCCCACCAGGUCCACAGGGACCCCCAGGACGCCCUGGCCAGGCUGGAGCUGCAGGCAUUCCUGGAAAGAUGGGCCCUCCAGGCCCUCCAGGUCCUCCUGGGCCCCCAGGGCCUCCAGUCCCUGUUGGGCCAUCCCACACUCAGCUCUCCAUUCAUGGAGAUCCAUUGCUGUCUAAUACCUUCACUGAGACCAGCAGUCAUUGGCCUCAAGGACCCACUGGGCCCCCAGGCCCUCCAGGCCCCCCAGGGCCCGUGGGUCCUCCUGGACUUCCUGGCCCCGCGGGUGCCCCUGGGAGUCCUGGACACACGGGAACCCCAGGCCCUUCUGGACCCAAAGGAACCUCUGGCCACCCAGGAGAGAAGGGUGAGAGAGGACUGCCUGGGGAACCUGGCCCCCAAGGCACUAUGGGGUUGCCGGGAGAACCUGGCCCCAAAGGAGAUCCUGGUGAGAAGAGCCACUGGGCUCCUAGCUUACAGAGCUUCCUGCAGCAGCAGGCUCAGCUGGAGCUCCUAGCCAGACGGGUCACCCUGCUGGAAGCCAUCAUCUGGCCAGAACCAGAACUGGGAUCCGGGACAGGUCCUGAUGACACGGGGGCCCCCAGCCUCCUUCGAGGAAAGAGGGGAGGACACCCAACCAACUACCAGAUCGUGACCCCCAGGAGACGCAACGAGAGGGGCUGAGAGGGCUCCGCACCAGGCUUCCUCCCCUAGCCUGCACUUGGCCAGCUGCCUCCAGAGACUGCCAGUUCCUAUUUAUUAAUAUCCUCAGGGACUCCUGUGCCAUCUUGGCCUUGGGGUAGGUAGGGCUCAGUGACAGCAACCUAUCUACGACAGACUAAGCAAGGACUGGGCUUCAAAAAGUCAGGGCUCCCUUGCACCUGGCCUAUUUACCUCUGUGAAAUGGGGUGAGAAGGCCUUGAAGUGGGGUGGGAGGGGGUACAAGGCUUCAAGUCACCUUAGCUGUCUAAGGAAGGGACCAGGGACUCUGCCUGGCCCUGUGGACAUGCAAGGAUGGGAACAGAAGUAUCAGUUCCACUCCUGCAAAACCUGAGGCAAUCCUGUGUGCCCCUCCUGUUUUCUGGUGCUGAAUUUCCACCCGAGUCUGGCUGCGGAAUCCCUGACUGAACGGUUGGUGCUUCUUACAUCAGUUCUACCCCAAGCCCCCAUUCCCCCAAGUGUCCCAUAGGGGGAUGGGGUGUGUAGAAGGGACUCUUAUUCCAAGCAUCGUCUGCAGAUGCAAAGGAUUGCUAUGUACUGGACAAUAAACGUGCCCGCCUGGCCCUA